AUGUCAUCAAAGUCGGGCGCCGCCACGCCUUCAUCCGAGAUGGGCACCUCCGACCCCAUCGCCAUCGUGGGAAUGGCCGUGAGGCUUCCCGGUGGCGUGAAGAACACGGAAGACUUCUGGAACCUGAUGAUGAAUAAGCAAAGCGGUCUGAUCCCCAUCCCUAAAGAGAGAUGGAAUAGCGAAGGCUUCUACAGUCCCGUUGCAAAGUGGGGAACGGUUCAGAACAAGGAGGCAUACAUGUUCACCCAAGCCGAUAAUGACCUUACCAAAUUUGACGCCUCUUACUUCACAUGUGGUGAGAAGGAAAUCGAGCGCAUGGACCCCAUGCAAAGGCAAUUGCUGGAGAUUGCGCGAGAAUGUCUUGACAAUGCCGGCGAGGUCAACUGGCGCGGCCAAGAGAUCGGCUGUUAUGUUGGCAACUUCUCGUCAGAUUGGCAAGAUGACUUGUCAAUGGACCCGCACGCUUCUGGACUAUACCGAGGAUCUGGCUACCUCGACUUCUUACAGCCUAACCGUGUAUCAUAUGAGUACGGCUGGACUGGCCCGAGUAUGCUUGUCAAGACUGGAUGCUCUUCAUCCAUGGUUGCUUUACAUCUGGCUGCUGAAGCUGUUCAAAAUGGUACAUGCAAGUCGGCAAUGGCUCUGGGAUGCAACCUCAUCACAUCAGUCAUCACAUCCAUUGUCUUCACAGAAACCGGUGUCUUGUCUCCAAGCGGCAAAUGCAAAACCUUUGAUCUGCUUGCCGAUGGCUACGGCCGCGGUGAAGCUGUCAACGCUGUCUAUGAGGCCUUGAUUCGAAAGACCUACGAGAAGGCUGGUCUUCCGUUCAAUAAGACGGCCUUCUUCGAGUGCCAUGGCACUGGUACUCCGACUGGCGAUCCACUUGAGGUGGCGGCAGUUGCUCGAAUCUGGAAGGAUCAUGAUGGCGUGAUGAUUGGCGCUGUUAAACCUAAUGUCGGUCACUCAGAAGGUGCGGCAGGCCUGACAAGUGUCAUUAAGGCAGUCCUCGCAUUGGAAAAUCGAGUUAUUCCGCCGAACAUCUACAUGGAAAACCCCAAUCCAAGGAUUCCAUGGGAUGAGGCCAAGCUUUCGGUCCCGACGGAGCCAACUUUCUGGCCUGCAGACAGAGAUGAGCGCAUCAGUGUCAAUUCCUUUGGUGUGGCUGGCUCCAAUGCUCACGUCAUUCUUGAGUCUUAUGAUGGUUGGCAAAAGCUGCAAGAUGAUGCUAGCUCUAUCAGCUCAGACUCAGGCGUCAGCGUUCGCUCUCCUGGACAGCGACUCUUGUUGUUCUCCGCUGCGCACUUGACUUCUCUCGAAAAGCAAGUGGACCAACACAAGCACUACAUUGAGACUAAGAGCGCUGAUCUUGAUGAUCUUGCUUACACUCUGGGUCAUCAUCGCGAUCACCUCAGCUGCAGAGCCUAUGCUAUUGCCAACGAGGAGGGUGUCUUUGACCUGAGCAGCUUCAAGCGCAAGCCAACCACCUCCCGGCGACUCAUUCUGACCUUUACUGGACAGGGUGUGCACUGGGCCGGGAUGGGCAAGUCACUGAUCGAAACCAACGAGGUGUUCCGAGACUCCAUCAAGAAGCUGGACGUAUGGCUCCAGUCGCUUCCCGAAGAACACAGGCCAACCUGGUCCUUGGAGAAGGAGCUGUCUAUCGACGAUGACUCUAGCAGGGUUGGCCAGCGGGGAUACUCUCACCCAUGCGCAACUGCUGUUCAGAUCGCGUUGGUCGAUGUUCUCGCUAGCCUUGGCGUUCGUCCUGAUGCUGUUACUGGCCACUCUGGAGGAGAGGCUGCUGCUGCGUACGCUGCCGGUAGUGUCACCGCCGAAGCCGCCAUGGCUGUUGCCUACUUCCGCGGCUGGCUCUUGGUCAACGGCACUGUCCCGCCUGGUACUAUGGCUGCUGUCAGUCUUGGCCCAAAGGAGGUUGAGCCCUUCUUGAUUCCAGGUGUCGUCAUUGGCUGUGAGAACAGUCAUCUCAACUCCACCUUGUCAGGCGAUCCCGUCUGCAUCCAACACUGCAUUGACCAGAUCAUGCGUCGCCAUCCUGAUGUCAAGGCUAAGGUUUUGAACUUGGAGACAUCUUUCCACUCUCCCUGGAUCGAGCCUUUGGCUGGGCCAUACGAGGAGCUCCUGAAGCCAUACCUUGUCAAUGCUAAGGCUCCGACCGUGCCUCACUUCUCGAGCGUCACUGGUCUUGAGAUGACCGAAGCUGACUUUGGAGCCAACUACUGGCGCCGAAACUUCGUCCACCCUGUGCUAUUCAAUACGGCGAUGAGAGCGAUCUUGAAGAGCAAUAACAACAAUCUCUUCGUGGAGGUCGGCCCCCAUCCGGCUCUCCAACGUCCCAUCAGUGAGAUCCUUCGGAGCGUGCCUGACUCUUCCUGCGAGUACAUCACUACCCUCCGCCGUGCUGAAGAUACCAACCUAUCCAUGCUCCGUCUGGCUGGUGAGCUCUUCGUACAAGGAGCCCCGGCCGACAUGGCCACCAUCAUCCCCAAGGGCAGAGUUUUGACCGAUCUGCCGACCUACCCUUGGCUACACGAUGUAACCUAUAUGGAUGAACCUCGCAAUCCUUCCCGUUACAAGCAAAGAAAGCAUACCAGACAUGUGAUUCUCGGCGCUAGGGUUCUUGAGGGCAAUGAUAUUGAGCCUGCCUGGCGAAACAUGCUUGAUCUCAAGGAAGUUCCUUGGUUGAUGGACCACAUCGUCAACGGUCAGAUCGUAUUCCCUGGAGCCGGCUACAUGGCCAUGGCUGGAGAGGCGAUGCGUCAGGUAGCCAACGGCUCAGAUGCGUACACCAUUAGGGAUAUGUCAAUCAUCACCGGCAUGACAAUCCCCAAGGAGAAGAAGAUGGAACUAUACACGCGCAUGAUUCCGGAAGACAAGCUUAGUGACGAAGGCCAAUGGUACAACUUCAAAAUCAUGUCCUACGAUGGACACGCAUGGGUCACGCACUGCUCUGGUCACAUCCGCUCAGGAGCUGAGGCAGAGAAGACCUCAAUCGCAAGCGCUCAGGCUGAGCAAGAAUUUGCUCGCGAGAUCGACGCUGAAGGCUGGUACAAAGCUGUCAAGGCCGUUGGCAUCGACUGGCAGACCGCUUUCCAAGGCCUUGAGCAGAUCACCGCGAACACAGUCAAGAGGGAGGCCACAGCGACAGUUUAUGACUUUGAAGACACGACGCACUACGCUGCUCAUCCGACACUUUUGGAUCAAAUGCUUCAGAUUAACCUCGUGGCGCAAACACAUGGCCAGAAGCGGCGUCUAGACAGCAUCCUGCUUCCCACCUUCAUCUCGCGACUGGGUGUCCUCGGGAACCAGGACUUAUGUAUGAGAGCUUACGGCAGUAUCCAGGAAGAUGCUAAAGGCAUGACCGCAAACGCUGCCAUCUACACAGAUGAAGGUCGUCCUACGGUGUAUCUGGAAGGUCUCUCUUACUCUGAGCUACCUGUCGCCAAGCGUGAAGAAGUUCUCCUCGGAAGCACCUUUGAAUGGAGAGACGAUAUCACUAUGCUGGACUCCCUUGCAGAAGUCGGGACUGCCAACUGGGAUCUUGUCAAGGACGCUACCGAAGUAAUUUCUCUCCUCGGCUUCAAGUCUCCUGACUCGAAAGUAUUGGAGAUUGGAUCAGGAUCAACCGACAUUACUCGACUUGCUCUAGAUGCUCUGCAGCCUACCCAACAUAAGCGCCUUUACUCUGAGUACACCUAUGUAUGCACCUCUGGGGAACAGGUUGACCAAGUCACCGAGGCAGUUGCAAGUCUGGAUCGCGAAAGCGUCUCGGUCGUUGAUCUCGAGCAGCUUUGCAUGUGCAACACGACUGACAUUAUCCUCUUGUCGAUUUCGACCUUGUUGUCGGAUGAUCGCCACCUACUUGAUGAUUUGACGGAAUUGAAGUCACUUCAGACUGCUGGAAGCCGACUGAUCGUUCACGAUGACGGUAUUGCAACCGGUGGUGCUUCUGAUUGUGAAAAGAUUAGCCAGAGACUGAAAUGCCUUGGCUUCGUCUUUCAUUCACAGACACCGACUGGCUUGAUACUCGCGGAGCCAAUGAAGGUUACCGAGAUGGACAAGAGCACAAUUAUCACCAUUCUAGCACACAAUUCGAAGGAAGGACUUGAGCUUGCUAGUGGCGUCAGGUCUCAAUGUGAGUCUAAGGGGUUUACUACACGAGUCUCCCACCAGAACACAGUUCCUUCUGACGGGUCUGUGGUCAUCUCACUUCUGGAUCUUACUGGAAACACAAUCUACGACCUUAGCUCUGAGACUUUCCGGCCGUUCAUCGACAGCCUAUGCAACUUGAGUGAUUCACUCAUUUGGGUCAUCCCCGCCGUUCAUGGCGCUUGCAAGGAUGCCAAGCCAGCCAUGAUUCAGGGCACUGCUAGAACCGUUCGCAUGGAGAACAAGGCAGACAUUACUCUUGUCGAGGUCGAUGACAUCUCAAUAUCUAGCAACGGUAUGUCCAAAGCUCUAUUGAAUAUUGUACAGAGUCUACCAAACCGUCGCAAAGGCGGAGAGUUGGACGCGGACUUCGAUUACGCCAUUGUGGAUGGCAAGGUUCAAAUACCUCGCAUGUCCUGGUUCGGCUUCUCUGAGCCCGAAGUCAGUCAGGCUAUUCCAUCAACUAAGGAAGCUUCCAUAUUCCGGAACGAUGCCUCAUACCUUCUCAUUGGCGGUUUCGGCGGCCUUGGUCGAUCUGUGGCCACUUGGUUGCUCGAGCAUGGAGCCCGUAACCUUGUGUUCCUGUCGAGAUCCGCUGGAAGUGCCGAUAAUGAGCCUUUCGUGAAGGAGCUCGAAAGCUAUCCUGGAUCCGUCAUCAAGACGAUCUCCGGAGACGUUAGCAAUCCCGGUGACGUACUCAAGGCAAUCAACGAAGCUCCCGAGCCCCUCGCUGGUGUGAUGCAACUGUCCCUCGUGCUCAAGGAUAAUUCUACUGCUGAGAUGACUUGGGAGGAGUGGAGUGGAGUGGUUGAUCCUAGGGUCCGUGGGACUUGGAACGUCCAUGAAGCACUUCUAGACGCGAAUGUUCCGUUGGACUUCUUCGUCAUAUUCGGCUCUGGUGGUGGGCACACAGGUUACUAUGGCCAAGCCAACUACAGUGCGGCAAACACCUACCUCGAUGCUUUUGUUGAGUAUCGCCAUCACCUCGGUCUUCCUGCCUCCAUUAUCGACCUUGGGGUGGUUGGUGACGUCGGAUACCUUCUCGAGCGGGAUGAUCUCUACGAGGGCUUUAAGAACGGUGGCUUCUUCUUUUUGAAGGAGCAGGAUGUUCUCGACUCUGCGUCCAUUGCUGUGGCCAACUCCUCUGGAGGGCCGUUCAGCAGCUUCUGUCUUGGAGGUCUCUCUGAGAAGCCUCUUUCUGAUCCAUCUAAUCGUGUCAACUGGAAGAGAGAUGUUCGUUUCGCUCAGUCUCACUAUUUCCACAAAAUGAACGCCGCAGGCUCUGGGGAGACCAAGGAGAAUGAUGAGGCCGAGACAUUCAUCUCGCUCGCCAGAUCCGAUCCCGCUACUCUCCGAGACAGCGCGACAGCCGCCAGCCUCGCUCGCUUCAUCAGUGCCACUCUCAGUCAUCUUAUGCUGAGGCCAAUUGAGGAUUUUCCCCUUACUGAGAAUUUGACCUCGAUUGGUUUGGACUCCAUCAUUUCGAUUGAGUUGGUGGACUGGAUUCAUCAACAGUUCCACAUUGGUUUAACCUCUAUGGAAGUCACUCAGUGUACUUCUCUGAUCCAUCUCGCUGAGAAGAUCAUCGAAGAAGUCAUUGCAUCCGUGUGA